CUGAGCUAGAGAUCUACUUCUUCUUCUUCCUCCACUUCUUUAGGACUAAAACUUUUUGGAGGACAUCAGGUGGGAGGAGUGAGCACAAGCUAUGGAUCAGUAUGAGAUACUAGAGCAGAUUGGGAAAGGUUCCUUCGGUUCUGCCCUUCUUGUGAGACAUAAACAUGAAAAAAAGAAGUAUGUCCUGAAGAAAAUCCGCCUUGCUCGCCAGACUGAUAGGACCCGAAGAUCUGCCCAUCUGGAGAUGGAGCUGAUUUCUAAAGUACGAAAUCUUAUCGUUGAAUACAAAGAUUCUUGGGUAGAGAAGGGCUUGGUUUGCUAUGUAUGCAUUGUUAUAGGGUACUGUGAGGGAGGAGACAUGGCAGAAGCUAUAAAAAGAGCCAAUGGUGUUCAUUUUCCAGAAGAGAAACUUUGCAAGUGGCUAGUUCAACUCCUGGAUGGCACUUGAUAUUUGCAUGCAAACCAUAUUCUUUCAUCUUGUUCGAAUAUAUUUUUGACAAAGGACCAAGACAUACGUCUAGUUGAUUUUGGUCUUGCUAAGAUGUUGACUUCUGAUGAUCUUGCUUCCUCUGUUGUGGGGACUCCCAGUUAUAUGUGCCCUGAGCUUCUUGCUGAUAUACCAUAUGGUUCCAAGUCAGAUAUCUGGUCUCUAGGGUGCUGUAUAUAUGAAAUGACUGCUCACAAGCCUGCAUUUAAAGCCUUUGAUAUGCAAGCUCUGAUAAACAAAAUAAACAAGUCUAUAGUGGCUCCACUUCCAACCAUGUAUUCUGGUGCAUUUCGGGGACUUGUAAAAAGCAUGCUGCGGAAAAAUCCUGAACUUAGACCAAGUGCUGCAGAGUUGCUCACUCACUCACACCUUCAACCUUACAUCCUUAAGAUCCAUCUGAAAUCCAAUAGCCCUAGACGAAACACUUUCCCUUUCCAAUGGUCUGAUUCCAACUACAUCAAGAAAACUAGAUUCCUGGAGCCAGAAGCUGUUCCUAUGUUCUCUGACAGAGAGAAGCGGAGAUCAUUCAGCAAUGACAGGACCUUGAAUCCUAGUAUAUCUGGAACUGAGCAAGACUCUCCUUGUUCUAGUCAAAAGAUGCAGGAAUUCUCCAGUCAUUUAAAUCGGAAGUUUGCUGAAUUAUCUGUUGGCAGCACUCAUGAAGACAUUGGUAUUGAUAAAUCAGUGGUCACAAAGUUCUCAAGUGCUACCAAAACCCCUAGGUCAACACCAUCAAAAACUUCUUCUACUCCUAGGAGACAGACAGCAACAUCAAAGAUAUCAAAUUGCUCAAAUCGUGAUUCAUUUCCAGUGUCACAUACUCCAGUGAGCAAGUCUUCCUGGUCAACUCGAAGAGCAUCACUUCCAUUUCCAACAAGAGCUGCUACCUUAGAAACCCCUUACAGACCCAAUGUUCGCCUCCUCCGCAGCGUGGAGUCUCCAGAUAUCUCUGUUAAUGCCCCAAGAAUUGAUAGGAUUGCAGAAUUUCCUCUAGCCUCCUGUGAUGACCCUCUUUUCCCUAUCCGUAAAACUUCAUCAACAUCUGCUCAAUGCUCUUCUAACUCACCAGAUAGCGGUGACUGUUCAAUCACAAAGGACAAGUGUACAGUACAGAUUUUGGACAAAGCCUUUGUCAGGCAGAAUUUCACUGAUGCAGACCAUGGAGUUCCUCGAAAUGGAAGUGAAUGCUCAGAGCACAACCCAACUACUGGUGUUUCUAGCCGCUCAUCUUCAGAUUCACGACAGCGCAGGUUUGACACCUCAUCAUACCAGCAGCGCGCUGAGGCAUUAGAGGGGUUGCUCGAGUUCAGUGCAAGGCUCUUGCAACAAGAAAGGUUCGACGAACUUGGGGUGCUGCUGAAGCCAUUCGGACCAGAGAAAGUUUCUCCCAGGGAAACUGCUAUAUGGUUGACAAAGAGCUUCAAGGAGACUGCAGCCUAGCAGAGAUACUAAUACCAAUCUAAUUAUGUUCCCACUUGUACAAUGCCUCUACCUAUUGACAUAUCCAACUUCAAAGAUAGGAUCUCACUAUCUGUUAACCGUGUCUUCUCACUUGAAGGCUGCUUAGAGACUUGUAAUAUGGAUUGUAAUAUCACCUUAUUGACAACUCUGUUUGAACCCGAAAGUGUUGGGAAAAAUGAGGAAAAUGGAAGUUUUUGGAGUCAGUCCA